CGUCUACAUGCUAGCGCGAACACUUCAUUCAUUCAUUAUCCGAUGCUUCCAGAGUUGGCACCACUGUUCGCACCAGAACUCCUCCAGAACGAAACACCUCACCAUGAAGCUCAUCAGAAGAUAUUCACAUCACUCCGAACCCAACCUUGCAAUAACGUACACGCCGUAAGGGAGCAGGAACGAUGUCUGUUCGUACGAGAGACAGAAGAGUGCCGCGAAUCGACGCACUACAUUGAUUAUAUGCACUUUAUGUAUUGCAUCGUUGAUAGCUCUAACGUUGCUCUCUUCUACGCCGCAAUCAUUGCUCUGCUCCUGUUCGUGUGUACCCUGGCAAAGCUUAUUUAUCAUCUUGCCGUCAGUCGCUACGUUGAUAGCGUGCUAUAUGUGUCUAAGACCUGGCGCCUAAACGAUUACAUGGCCGGUGUUACACUGCUCACGUACGGUAACGGGUUGCCACAGGUACUGUCGGAGCUGAAGCACCACAAGUCCGGUGACACCGAGCUGAUCUACAACCAGUAUCUGGGGACAGCCGUCUAUCAGGUUUCGUUUCUUGCGGCACUCGUCAUCUGGAUGGGUCCGUUUGCAAUCUACCCGGAGGUGAUUGUUCCAAACAUUGUGAGCCUUCUGAUCGUAUCAUUGCUGGUGGAGGAGAUCAUGUACGAUGAGCAGGUAGGACUCUUGCAAACGAUCAUCUUGGGUUUGCUUUAUGUGGCGUUUCUUGCUGCCCUGUACACGAUCGCAUUGGGGAUGGAUCGUGAGGGAAAUCGGUCGAGAAGUCAGCUAGAGGUUCGAGAUGCCGCUGGAAAGCCGGUAGACAUACUGGUUACAGAAACGGUGGCAAAUGUGGAAGGCGGCCAAGGUUCUACUUGGUUCGAACGCAUCUGGAUGGGAGUGAGGACGUUCCGAGGUGAAGAUUUCCGAGCGGCAAGAUGGUACGGAAAGUUGCAGCUUCUCUGUGGCAUUCCCGUGGAGAUUGUUACGCUUCUGCUCUUACCUAAGGUGAAUUACGCUCUACCCUUACACGGAUGGAGCAAGUGCUUGUUUGUCGUUAAUCUUACUGUAUUUCCCUUGUUCGUCAUCUGUACUGCUCUCGUUGAUAUGCUCUCCAGCGGCCAUCUUGGUUGGGUUUGUUUGGGAAGCGUCGUAACCACCUCCAUCCUGAGUGUGAUCGUCUGCGCCACGACCAGUGACGAUCGGAAGCCAUCUUGUUUCACCUGCAUCGGAUUGUUUGCCAUUUUUGGAUCAUCGUAUCUCAUCAUGCUUCUCUCCUACGAACUGAUUGCCAUCCUGGAAACGUUAUCAGUCAUAGCAAACAUUUCCUCAGCAUCGUUUGCAAUAACCAUACUUUCCUGGGGCAGCUGUUGGAUUGAUCUGGUCACAUUAAAAGCCCUCGCUGCGCGUGGAUAUUCGAGGCUAGGUUUCGCCGGCUGUCUAGGAUCUCCCGUUUUUAAUAUUUUAAUCGGAUUAUGUACCGUAUUCUGCGUUCAGAUGAUAAGAUCUGGCAGCACCACAAUCCACGUCCGUGAUGGCACAUCGGGUCCCACCUGUUCCGUGUAUCUGUUCACCAUAUCGUUGACGCUUCUACUGUCGGUGCUGUUCUUGAGAUUUCAGGCAAGGAAAAGUCUGGCCUUUUGUCUAACAACGCUCUAUGUCACGUUCAUCACGUACGUCGUGUUUUGUGAGCUGGAGAUUACGCACGGCUUCGGGACGGAUCACAACGAUGAUGGAGAAUAUUUUCAAGAUCGUGUGCCACACCACUGAUGAUGUAAAUAAAAUCUGUAGUUAAUGUUAAGGACUGGAGGCUCUCUCGCACCGGAUUCAAUCGAGAGAGAGAGAGAGAGGGAGAGAAAAAGAGUGCAAUUGUACGCUUCAUUUAACUUUUAUUCACAAAAUAGUUGGGUAAAGUUGGGCUUUUGUUGGGACGUUAUCAAUCGCAAGCCGAUUCGACGAGCAAACCGUACAAAGUUUGAGUAAUGCCAAGUAUUUGCUGUAUUCAUACCAACUAUUUGCAGCGUUAGAGCGGCGGUUGUUAUUACUUACUUAGUUACUUAAAACACUAUUUAAAGUUUCAGCACUGCAAUACUUACACAUGCUUACCAACAAACACAUUACUCGCAAUACUUUCGCGCCUUGUCCAUCUCACGCCCGCUCGUCCCGCUCGCUCUUUCGCUCAUGCUAAUGGCAUAUUUUGAUUACUGAUUGGUUACUUUUCACGCUCCUUUCGCAGUACGUUUCCUUCUAGUCUGUUCGAUUACUUUACGGACAAGUGGGGUUCGCUCCUUUCUGUAGGGAUGCAUAACAUUAAGAUUCCUUUUCCAUACUGUUGGCGUUUGCUUGUAAAGGCUUCGUAUCUGUUCAAUUGGCUCGUUUAGGCUUAUUUUUGUAAUUAAAUUCGAACGCAUUUCGCUUUGUCCCCGAAACCCCGGGGGGACGUGUUUCAGCUUGACUUAUUUAAAAAACGAUUUUUCUCGAUCGUUAGCAGUCGUAAUGCUUUUCGAGCAGCUUAAUUCCCGCUUCGGUCAGUUCCGGGUAGCAAGCAGUGUAAAUUUGGUAGUUUUUGUUUCUUCGUGUUUUCGUCUCUCUCUCUCUCUCUCUCUCUGUCUCUUCGUGUCUUGUCUACACCAUCACAAUCACAUGGGGGUGGGGGUGGGGGUUCACUGUUUACUAUUCUUCCUAUUGUUUGCUCUUUGUUUUCUGUAAAGUUUGAUACAUCGUGCAAACUGUGUGAAAGCAAGAGCAGUUCGUUUUUUGAGUUAGUAAGGGUGAUCUGUAAGUGUGUGUGUGGUGCUGUUGCAUACAAGAGAAAUCCUUUUUUUGUGUUUCAAACACCAGUGCCAAAACGAACGUAUUAUCCCGGAGCAGCAAGGAUAGUGAAAAGAAACGUUACUAUACACAAAACAAGUGAAAAAGGUGUAAAGAACUGAUUAAAAUACAAUAACCAAGCUAGACAAACUAAUACAACUUAAAAUUAAGGAAAAAACAGAAAGAAAACCAAACUAAAAGUAUAAUGCAAAGACUACGUCUACAUCAUUCGGUUUCAAAUGGGAUAGCAGCGAGUUAUGCAGCAGAAAUAUGUACAAAGCACACUAUACAAAGGAAGGGCCCGGGAGCAACCAUGUUUGGCAUUAAUUUUGACCAAAAACCGAAAACAAACCGUAAAAAA